CGAGCUUUGACCACGGCGGUGAUCUCUCUCACGGAGUCACGGGCUAGUCAUGUAGUAGUAUGCCUCGUGCGGUUGUGCUGCCCCUCUCCCCUUCCAAAUUCCGAAUUCCCCGAUCCCCACGGUGGCGUCUCCAUUUCUUUCGUCCGCCCGGCAAAAGGGAACUCGAUGCGUGCCGGCUUCAUCAUUCGAUCGAUCAUUUCCCCCCAAACAAAAACUCUCCCUUCCAAACUCGCAAGAAGCUCUCUCCACCAGCUCUAUCCGAUCAUUUGCCCACCCCCCCCCCCCCCCCACCAGCCGUGCGUGCAGCCGCAGCUUUCCUAUUUAAGCAGCGCCUCGCUGCCGCUGCCUCCCGAACGCCGGUCACUCCUCGUCCUCGCCCCGUCCCCUCGAAUCUCUCCCCUUCUAUCUUGUCCUGGACCGGCUCCUGAAAUCUCUCUCUGUCUCUAGAAAUUUCUGCGCGUGUCUUUUGUUGCUCUCCCGGUUUGGUUGGUUCCUGAGCCUGUGUUCCUCGAGGGGUGGUCAAAAGGUUGGAUUUUUGGGAGCAGACAUACUCGCAUCUGGGCAAAGAUUGGGUUUUUUGAGCGAUUUUGGAGUCCUCGUUUGCCCGGGCAUCUAUUAAGCUGAAGGCUGGAUUCUGGGAGAAGUUUUGGCGGUUCUCUGAGAUUUGGUGGCAGCGGAGGACAUGACGAUCGAUUUGUCCAUGCCCGGGAGCUCCGGGCUGCUGGACGCCGUAGGGGAGAAGAAGCACAUGAAGUUCUUCAGCAACCGGUACGUGCUCGCGCUCACGGGAGCCGCAGGAAUCGGCGGGUUCCUCUUUGGCUACGACACAGGUGUCAUAUCCGGAGCCCUUCUUUAUAUUCGGGAUGACUUUCCAGCAGUCAAAGACAAUUACUUCUUACAGGAGACAAUCGUUAGCAUGGCAUUGGUUGGAGCCAUGCUUGGAGCAGCUGGGGGUGGCUGGAUCAAUGAUACAUAUGGCCGUAGAAAGUCUACUCUUGUCGCUGACAUGCUGUUUGCACUUGGCUCACUUGUUAUGUGUGCUGCUCCUGGUCCUUACAUUCUGAUUCUGGGAAGGCUUCUUGUUGGAUUGGGCGUGGGUAUAGCGUCAGUCACAGCACCAGUCUACAUUGCUGAAGCUGCUCCUUCAGAAAUUAGGGGAGGCUUGGUGUCGACUAAUGUACUCAUGAUUACUGGUGGCCAAUUCUUUUCCUACCUUAUCAAUCUUGGCUUUACUGAGGUUCCUGGAACAUGGCGAUGGAUGCUCGGAGUUGCUGCUGUGCCUGCAGUUUUACAGUUUGUUCUGAUGCUCUUUCUGCCAGAAUCUCCCCGCUGGCUUUUCUGGAAGGAUGAGAAGGCAAAAGCUAUUGCUGUGCUAGAGAAGAUUUAUGACUCUGACCGUUUAGAGGAAGAGGUAGAGCUUCUUGCUUCAUCCUCAAUGCAUGAAUUUCAGUCCGACUCUACUGGGAGCUAUUUGGAUAUUUUCAAGUCGAAGGAACUAAGGCUAGCAUUUUUUGCUGGAGCUGGUCUUCAGGCGUUCCAACAAUUUACUGGCAUCAACACCGUCAUGUACUACAGCCCCACAAUCGUCCAGAUGGCCGGGUUUACCUCCAACAAGUUGGCGUUGCUCCUUUCCCUCAUUGUCGCUGGCAUGAACGCUUCUGGGACCAUAGUUGGAAUCUACCUUAUUGACCGCUGUGGCCGGCGUCGCUUGGCCCUUACAAGCUUGGCUGGCGUUGUGCUCUCCCUCGUCAUUCUCGCAAUGGCCUUCAUACUACAGUCAUCAUCAGGUCUCUGUUUGAGCGCACUUGAUGGUGCCUGCCAAGGCGCAUUGGGAUGGUUCGCGGUGGCAGGACUCGCUCUAUACAUCGCUUUCUUCUCCCCAGGCAUGGGACCAGUCCCAUGGGCUGUGAACUCCGAGAUCUACCCUGAGGCAUACCGUGGAAUGUGCGGUGGCAUGUCAGCCACUGUCAACUGGGUGUCUAACUUGAUUGUGGCGCAAACAUUCCUCUCAAUCGUCGGGUGGGUUGGGACCGGCCCGACCUUCCUGAUCAUCGCUGGGAUAGCGGUGUUGGCCUUCAUCUUUGUAGCUAUGUACGUGCCAGAGACAAAGGGCCUAAGCUUUGAACAGGUUGAGCUGCUGUGGAAGGAGAGAGCAUGGGGAAACCAGGGCAACCGCCAGAGCCUCUUGGGUGCUGCACCGUAGACCAUGUGGCAGCUCCCAUCCUGCUCGCCGGCAAAGUGGCAAGAUGCGGUGGCUCCCUUUUUAUGAUGGCUGCGCCGCUCUGGUUUCUAUCGGUUCUCUAGCUUGUAAGGUUAAAGAAGAUCUGGAUGCAGAUCAAACGUUAUUAUGUGGUAGUGUCUAGAUCACUGGUCUGUCACCUGGUUGCGAGCAUUGUGAUGGACUGAUGGUGGAAAGCUCAGUGUUGAGUGAAGAAUCAGGCUAUGUGUUGAAGCUUGUACUUACAUGCCAAGGGCUAUAACCAGCUGCUAUACGGGUUGUGCAUUGUCGGCGCAAGUGUACAGUUUCUGGGGCUAGAUGUUUCGAAGAGAAAGAAUUAAAUUGUUAUGGGAGGUAAAACUUGAUUCUUGGAACAGACAUUAUUGCUUCAUAUUCUUGUGCAAAGUGAAUUUGCUUUAUUGCCCUGCCACCAAGAGAAUAGAAAUGGCACUAAUCUAUUGCUAUUACUCCAUGAGGAGUUGUGUUUCCGAGUUCCGACUUGGCAGACCUUCAGGUUUAUUAGUACUGACGAGCUGAGCUUCAGACACAAAAGCAUCAUUAGUUGUGUAAAUCUCAAGGUGAUGUCACAUUGUCACCCGGCUUGUAGUUACAUUAUCAUGGAUCUGUUAGUAAUGAACGUUUUUAUUUGUUUGGACUCUGGAGGCCUUCUAGAGCUCAAGAACUGUUGACAGGAAAUGGCCUGUUAAGCAGACCAGGACAUUACAUAGAACAUGAUGAUAAAUUAUUCUAGCUAAGAGGCUUUUUGGUGUUACUAUGUGCACUAGGAUUUUCCAGCUUCAGUAAAUAAGUAGCAGUCACCACUGCUGAUUCAGACGAAGCACACAACUAGGCCUAGAUUGGAACAACAUUCAGAAUUUCAGACGAUAUAUAUUAUUGGAAUAUAUAGUGGUCCAAAUCAGGAGCAUUUCUGUAAAAUUUUAGGGCUACUAUCCAUGUAUGGACAUAUAGGAGUAGUAGACAAAUUAGCGGUCCAAAUAAGGGUCGAUUAAAUGGGUGAAUGUUCGUGCAUCCAUUAACCCGCGUGAACAUCUUUA